AUGCCGUCAGCAAUAACACAGGCAGCAGAAAUGGGUGCAGCAAUACAGGCAACAGCAGCACAGGCCGCAGCAACACAGGCUGUAGAAAUGCAGGCAGAGGCAAUUGGCACAGCAACGCAGGUUGCAGCAAUGCAGGCAGUGACAACGCAGGCUGCAGCAAUGCAGGCCUCAGCAAUGCUGGCCGCAGCAAUACAGGCAGCAGCAAUUGGCACAACAAUGCAGGUUGCAGCACUGCAGGCAGCAACAAUGCAGGCAGCAGCAACGCAGGCAGCAGCAAUGAAGGCCACAGCAAUGCAGGCUGCAGCAACGCAGGCUGCAGCAACGCAGGCAGUUACAACGCAGGCCGCAACAAUGCAGGCCGCAGCAACGCACGCCGCACCAAUGCAGGUUGCAGCAACAGAGGUAGCAGCAAUUGGCACAGCAAUGCAGGUCGCAGCAAUGCAGGCAGCGAAAAUGCAGGCCGCAGCAACACAGGCUGCAGCAAUGAAGGCCGCAGCAAUGCAGGCUGCAGAAAAGCCGGCAGCGGCAUUGGCACAGCAAUGCAGGUCACAGCAAUGCAGGGAGCAGCAAUCAACGCAGGCUGCAGCAAUGCAGGCAGUGACAACGCAGGCUGCAGCAAUGCAAGCUGCAGCAAUGCAGGCCACAGCAAUGCAGGCAGCGGCAUUGGCACAGCAAUGUGACACCAAGCUGAGCGGUGUGGCUGACAUGCCUGAGGGACAGGAUGCCAUCCAGAGGGACCUGUACAAGCUCAAGAGGUGGGUCCACGUGAACCUCAUGGGGGUUAACAAGGCGCAGUGCAGGGUCCUGCACAUAGGUAAGGUCAACCCCUGGUAUCAGUACAGACCAGGGGAUGAAGAGAUUGAGAGCAGCCCUGAGGAGAAGGACUUCUGUUAUUAA